UUGCCUCAUCUCGCGGACCACACUCGGAUUCUAACGCCAUUAACGACAAAGUCUAGUGAAGUCGAGUGGCCCGGCUGGUCAAACAAGCACCAGACGGCGUUCGAUGCGAUUAAGCGCCUAGUCGUAAGUCGUGAUUGCUUGACAACGAUCGAUCACGACAACCUCGGAAAGAACAAAAUCUUCGUGACAUGCGACGCGAGCGACUGGCGCACUGGCGCGAUG